AUGGACAGGAACUACCCCAGCGCCGGCUUCGGGGACCCGCUCGGCGCCGGGGCGGGAUGGAGUUACGAGAGGUCAGCGAAAGCUAGCUUGGUCUAUGGCAGCUCCAGGACCUCGCACCCCGAGACGGACAUCUUACACCGCCAGGCCUACGCGGCCCCCCACCCACUGCAAAGCUAUGCCACCAACCACCACCCCGCAGGCCUCUCUGGACUUUUCGACACUGGCCUUCACCACGCAGGCUCAGCUGGGCCCGACGCCUCCGUCAUGAAUCUCAUCUCGGCCCUGGAGUCUCGGGGCCCCCAGCCUGGCCCCUCCGCCUCUUCUCUCCUUUCCCAGUUCCGCAGUCCAUCCUGGCAAACAGCCAUGCACACGCCAGGCCCCACGGAGCUCUUCAUCUCGGGCGCCCUGCCAGGUUCCAGCACCUUUCCAUCCUCCUCUGCCCUGUCGGCCUACCAGCACCCAGCCUCUUUUGGCAGCCGUCCCUUCCCAGUGCCCUCGUCCCUUAGCCUCCAGGACCCCCCGUUCAGUCCCCCCGCAAAUGGGCUUCUGUCUCCUCAUGAUGUGCUGCACCUGAAGUCCUCGCAGGCACCCACCGUGCCUUCCUCACUAGGCUUCGAGCGCUUGGCGGGGGGCAGCGUCUUGGGGCCUGCCGGUCUCGGCCCAGCCCAGACCCCCCCUUACCGUCCUGGCCCCCCAGACCCACCCCCACCUCCCCGUCACCUUCCAACUCAGUUCAACUUGCUGGCUUCUUCUUCUGCUGCCGCUGCCGCUGCUGAGCAAUCCUCCCCACAACUCUACAACUUCUCGGGUGCUGCCCCAGGCCCGCCGCCCUCCGAGCGGGCCCUACCCCGACAGGACACCGUUAUCAAGCACUACCAGCGGCCUGCCAGCGCCCAACCCCCACCGCCCCCACCACCAGCCCAUGCCCUCCAGCAUUACCUGAGCUGUGGAGGCAGCUACCCUUCCAUGGGCCACCGGGCCAGUCUGGCCUGCAGCCCUCUAGGUGGUGGGGAGCCCUCCCCGGGGGCCGGGGAGCCCAGCAAAGCGGGGCCCAGCGGAGCCACUGCUGGGGCUUCGGGACGGGCCACUGGUCCUGAGGCAGCCGGGGGUGGUGGAGCAGGGGGUGGCAGUGGGGGUUACCGCCCCAUCAUCCAAUCGCCAGGGUACAAGACAGGCAAAGGUGGUUAUGGAGCAGCUGCGGGGGCCGGUACUAGACCUCCACCGCCCCGGUCAACUGCCACGCCCAAGUGUCAGAGUCUGGGGGGUCCAGCCGCCGCCUAUGCCUCUGGGAAGGCCUCUGGGGCUGGUGGGGCAGGGGGCCAGGCCUACUCCCCUGGUCAACCACAAGGGCUUCUGGGACCACAGGCUUAUGGUCAAGGGUUUGGAGGAGGGCAGGCACAGGACUUGAGCAAAGGCCCCAGCUACUCCGGGGGCCCCCCGCAACCCCCUGGAGGUCCCCCGCCACCUGGCCUGGCCACAUGUCAGAGCUAUUCUCCAGAUCAGCUACAGGGGCAGCUCUAUGGGGUGCAGGGUGAGCCAUAUCCAGGGCCAGCCGCCCACUCCCAAGGGCUUCCCACUGCCAGCCCCUCGCUGAGUUAUAGCACGGGCCACUCACCAGCCCUCUCGGGCCACGGAGGUGGCUGGGGUCCCAGCUCCCUGGGUGGCGGUGGGGAGGCCAGCCCAUCCCACAUCAUCCGCCCAUUGCAGUCACCACCUGCCACUGGCCGCCCACCUGGCGUCGCAUCUCCAGGGGCCCCCGGCAAGUACCUGAGCUCAGUUCUGGCCUCGGCCCCUUUCUUGGCGCCCCCUGGAGCUGGCAGUUACGCAGCUGGAGCCGGUGGCUACAAGGGCAAGGGUGAUGGCUCAGAGCUGCUGGCGGGACCUGGUGGGCCGCCUGCUGAACGCACGGAAGAUGAGGAGUUUCUCAUCCAGCACCUCCUACAGGCGCCUAGUCCCCCACGGACCUCAGGGGCAGACGGCUUGGUGGGCGAGGAUGGGGCAGCUGAUGCUUCCAAGGGACUUGGGGGAGGUGGUGGGGCUGGGGGGCCACCAGGCACACCCUACGAGCUGGCCAAGGAGGACCCCCAGCGGUACCACUUACAGAGUGUCAUCCGUACCAGUGCCAGCCUUGAUGAGGGGGCGGCAGCAGCCUUGGAGCUGGGCCUGGGUAGGCUGAAGGAGAAGAAGAAAGGGCCGGAACGGGGUGGCGAGACCCCUGAGGGCUUGGCCACCUCUGUGGUCCACUAUGGGGCCGGUGCCAAGGAGCUAGGAGCCUUUCUACAAAAGAGCCCACCACCACCUCCUCCCUCGGCCCAGGCCUCCCAGCCCCCACCCCAUGGUCUCCUCCUGGAAGCUGGGGGUCCAGACCUCCCACUGGUGCUUCCUCCACCUCCCCCCCAACUGCUGCCCUCAGUCCUCAGCCAUGCCCCCAGCCCCUCUCCUGGUGCCCCCAAAGUUGGCGUUCACCUCCUUGAGCCAGCAUCCAGGGAUGGAGCCCCUCAGCCGCCGCCACCCCCGCCACCGCCACCCAUUCCCCUGCAGCUCGAGGCCCACCUCCGCAGCCAUGGCUUGGAACCCUCGGCCCCCAGCCCCCGUCUACGCCCUGAGGAGAGUCUGGAGCCCCCAGGCACCAUGCAAGAACUGCUCGGGGCCUUGGAGCCACUGCCCCCAGGGCCCGGUGACACGGGUGUGGGCCCCUCCAGUGCUGAGGGGAAGGACCCAGCGGGCGCUUACCGCAGCCCCAGCCCACAAGGCCCCAAGGCCCCCCGCUUUGUGCCGCUCACCUCCAUUUGCUUCCCCGACUCCUUGCUCCAAGACGAGGAACGCAGUUUCUUCCCCACCAUGGAGGAGAUGUUUGGCGGCGGGGCUGCUGACGACUAUGGCAAGCCUGGAGCGCCCGAGGACGAGGGUGACCCUAAGGCGGGUACCGGACCACCACAGGGCCCCCCAGCCUAUGAUCCCUACGGGCCCUAUUGUCCAAGUCGGGGUACCGGGGGUGGGCCCGAGACGCCGGGCCUGGGCCUAGACAAACCUCCAGAGCUGCCCUCGACUGUUAACGCCGAGCCUUUGGGCUUGAUCCAGAGUGGGCCGCACCAGGCUGCCCCACAACCCCCGCCUCCUCCACCACCCCCACCACCCACCUCCGAGCCUAAGGGUGGCUUGACCUCGCCUAUCUUCUGCUCAACCAAGCCAAAGAAGCUACUGAAGACUUCUUCCUUCCACCUGCUGCGGCGUCGGGACCCACCCUUCCAGACCCCCAAGAAGCUCUAUGCCCAGGAGUAUGAGUUCGAGGCUGAUGAGGACAAGGCUGAUGUGCCCGCCGACAUCCGUCUCAACCCCCGCCGCCUGCCCGAUCUGGUCUCCAGUUGUCGCUCCCGUCCAGCCCUCUCUCCGCUGGGUGACAUUGAUUUCUGCCCGCCCAACCCCGGUCCUGAUGGCCCUAGGCGACGAGGCCGAAAGCCCACUAAGGCCAAGCGUGAUGGCCCACCGCGACCCCGGGGGAGGCCCCGCAUCCGCCCGCUAGAAGUCCCUACUACAGUGGGGCCCACCUCCGCUUCCACGCCCACUGAUGGGGCCAAGAAACCCCGGGGAAGGGGUCGUGGUCGAGGCAGGAAGGCCGAGGAGGCAGGGGGCAAUCGGCUGGAGCCCCUGAAGCCGCUGAAGAUCAAGCUGUCUGUACCCAAGGCGAGCGAGGGCCUGGGCGCCGCAUCGGGUGAUGCCGUGUCGGGCACUGACCACAACAGCCUGGACUCCAGCCUCACACGGGAGAAGAUUGAGGCCAAGAUCAAGGAGGUGGAGGAGAAGCAACCUGAGAUGAAGUCGGGCUUCAUGGCCUCCUUUCUGGACUUUCUAAAGUCUGGCAAACGCCACCCGCCUCUCUACCAGGCUGGCCUGACUCCCCCACUCAGCCCCCCCAAGAGUGUGCCACCCCCUGUGCCAGCUCGCAGCCUGCAGCCUCAGCCCCCGGCUGCGCCCACCCUUCCCCACCCACCACCCACAGGCGCCUUCGGCCUGGGGGGCGCGCUGGAGGCCGCAGAGAACGAGGGGCUAGGCCUGGGCUGCCCCUCCCCCUGCAAGCGCCUGGAUGAGGAACUCAAGCGGAACCUGGAGACGCUGCCUUCCUUCUCCUCGGACGAGGAGGACUCUGUGGCCAAGAAUCGUGAUCUGCAGGAAAGUAUAUCGUCAGCCAUCUCCGCUCUCGAUGACCCACCCCUUGCUGGGCCCAAGGACACCGCCACUCCAGAUGGGCCUCCCCUGGCCACUGCAGCUACAGUUCCAGGGCCACCCCCACUUCCAGGGCUCCCCAGUACUGGCAGCAAUGGCACGCCUGAGCCCCCGCUGCUGGAGGAGAAGCCCCCACCCACCCCACCACCUGCUCCCACACCUCAGCCGCCGCCACCGCCGCCAGCCCUGCCAUCCCCACCUCCGCUGGUGGUCCCUGCGCCCAGCUCACCUCCUCCGCUGCAGCCACCUCCGCCUCCGCCCCCACCAGCUCUGCCCUCCCCUCCACCCCUGCCACCGCCGCCACCGCCGCCGCCUCCUCCACCAGCUGUUCCUGCUCCUGAGGAACCUGCUGCUGUCCCUUCUCCGGAGGACCCCGAGCCACCCGAUGCCCGACCCCUGCAUCUGGCCAAGAAGCAGGAGACAGCGGCCGUAUGCGGUGAGACAGAUGAAGAGGCGGGCGAGAGCGGCGGGGAGGGCAUCUUCCGAGAGCGAGAUGAGUUUGUCAUCCGGGCUGAGGACAUCCCUUCUCUGAAGCUGGCAUUGCAGACGGGGCGUGAGCCCCCACCCAUCUGGCGAGUGCAGAAGGCUCUGCUGCAGAAAUUCACUCCAGAGAUCAAGGACGGGCAGAGGCAGUUUUGUGCAACUAGUAAUUAUUUGGGAUAUUUUGGCAAUGCGAAAAACCGAUACCAGCGGCUGUAUGUGAAAUUUCUGGAGAAUGUCAACAAGAAGGAUUACGUGAGGGUCUGCGCUCGGAAGCCCUGGCACCGGCCCCCUGUGCCCAUCAGACGCUCCGGGCAGGCCAAGGGCCCUACGUCUGCAGGGGGCAGUUCUGCCCCUCCCCCCAAAGCCCCAGUGCCACCUCCUAAGCCAGAGGCCCCUGAAAAGACGGCAUCUGAGAAGCCCCCAGAGCAGACGCCCGAGACGGCUGUGCCUGAGCCCCCUGCCCCUGAGAAGCCCUCCCCACCACGGCCCGCCGAGAAGGAAAAGGAGAAGGAACGGCCACUCCGGGGGGAGCGGCCCUUGCGGAGUGAGCGAGCCGCAAGCGGACGGCAGACCCGGCCUGACCGGAACAUCACUGCGGGACAGCCCACCGCCUCCCGGCUGCCCAAGGCCCGGCCCACCAAGGUGAAGGCUGAGCCGCCCCCCAAGAAGAGGAAGAAAUGGUUGAAGGAGGCGGUGGGCAAUGCAUCGGCAAGUGGGGGGCCCCCAGGCAGCUCCUCGGACUCAGAGUCGUCCCCUGGAGCGCCCAGCGAGGACGAGCGGGCAAUCCCUGGUCGUCUGCUGAAGACUCGGGCAAUGCGGGAGAUGUACCGGAGCUACGUGGAGAUGCUGGUGAGCACAGCACUCGACCCAGAUAUGAUCCAGGCCCUGGAGGACACGCAUGAUGAGCUGUACCUCCCACCCAUGCGGAAGAUUGACGGCCUCUUGAAUGAGCACAAGAAGAAAGUCCUGAAGCGGCUAUCGCUGAGCCCAGCUCUGCAGGAUGCUCUGCACACAUUCCCACAGCUGCAAGUAGAGCAGAGUGGGGAGGGUUCCCCCGAAGAUGGGGCUGUACGUCUGCGGCCAGCUGGGGAACCCUACAACCGCAAGACGCUCAGCAAACUCAAGAGGAGUGUGGUCCGAGCCCAGGAGUUCAAGGUCGAGCUGGAGAAGUCGGGGUACUACACACUCUACCACUCACUCCACCACUAUAAGUACCACACCUUCCUGCGCUGCCGGGACCAGACUCUGGCCAUCGAGGGUGGCGCGGAGGACCUGGGCCAGGAGGAGGUGGUGCAGCAGUGCAUGCGGAACCAGCCGUGGCUGGAGCAGCUUUUCGACUCCUUCAGCGACCUGCUGGCGCAAGCACAGGCCCACAGCCGCUGCGGGUGACCCCAGCCCAGCAGCAGCCUCCUCCUCUGCGAGCCGAGAACUGGGACAGAACUGUGUCCUCAGGAGCCAACCCUGUGCCCUCGUUGCCAGGGAAGGGGGUGGUCAUUGGUCAGGGUGUGUUCAUGCUGCCCCUCAGGGCAGGGUUCAGAGGUUGACUCCCUCCCAAGCCCUCUCCACUCCCUCUCUGCCCCUCCCACUGUUUGGUGUACAGAGAAAUUAUUUAUAUAUAUGUAUAAAUGUCUAUUUAGUAACAGUUUCCCUCCCCUCCUUGCCCUGCUCCCCCCUCCAUGGCCAUAGCCCCGCCCCUCCACCUUGUACAUAAUGUAUAGGAAAAGUCUAUGUAUGGUUGAGGGGGGAGGGGUGGCUUCAGAGAGCUGGGGGACCCCCUCCCCGCAAGCCCCCCUUAUAGGCCAAGAUCUUUGCUAUAGGCCAUUCCCUCCCCAGGGCAUUUGGUGUCGGGUGGAAGUGGGAAGGGGAAAAAAAACGCAUCUUGUUAAUUAUUUUUAAUCUUAUUUAUUGUAUAUACCUUGGGGCUGGGGGGGGAGGCUGGGGAGGUGGGAGGGGGUCAUGGGUCCCCUCCCUCCACCCCACUCCACUCCUUUUCUACGGCAAUUUGUCUGUGUCUGUCCCCCUACCCUACCACCCACUGUCCCCAUCCCAUUGUUGUCUGGAUGUGGUUCUAUUUUUUAUCAGUUGCCUUUCCCCUCCUCUCCCUCACUCCCUGCCCUGACCUCCUACCAACCUUCGUCUCUUCUUGCUCUUUCUUGGGCUUUCUGUACAACUCAACUUGUAUACACUGUGUACACACAACCAGCCAAACGAAAAUCCAACGGCAAACACUUUA